AUGGGCAGCUUCUGGAGGACUCAGCCAGAGCAAGAACUCAGAACCUCGCGGUUUUGUGUCCCUUUAACCCACCUCUCUUCUCCAAAGUUCCUCUAUGUGGCUCGAAAUGCUAAAGACUGCAUGGUUUCCUACUACCACUUCUACAGGAUGAGCCAGGUGCUCCCAGAUCCAGGCACCUGGAAUGAGUAUUUUGAAACCUUCAUCAAUGGAAAAGUAUGUUGGGGGUCCUGGUUUGACCAUGUGAAAGGAUGGUGGGACAUUCGAGGCAAAUACCAGAUUCUCUUCCUCUUCUAUGAAGAUAUGAAGAGGGACCCAAAGCAUGAAAUCCAGAAGGUAAUGCAGUUCAUGGGCAAGAAUUUAGAUGAAGAUGUUGUGGAUAAAAUUAUCCAGGAGACAUCAUUUGAGAAAAUGAAACACAAUCCUAUGACCAAUCGUUCUACCGUCCCCAAAUCUAUCCUGGACCAGUCAAUUUCCCCUUUCAUGAGAAAAGGAACCGUGGGUGAUUGGAAAAACCACUUUACUGUGGCCCAGAAUGAGAGGUUUGACGAAAUCUAUAAGCAAAGGAUGGGUGGAACCUCUCUGAACUUCUGCAUGGAACUCUGA